AACCGAAAGAAGAAGAAGUAGCACGAAGCAGCAGCAGAGGAAGUCGAACGUCGCUCACAUCAUCACCGUUCAUCACCACCAUGUUGCUGUAGAAGCAAAACAAAGCUCAGAACCGCCAUCCUGAUCCAACACGGAGUCUUUAACAUGGCGGGCGAGGAGGAGAGGGGGGUGGUGCGAGUCAAAGUCAAGAAAUGUGAUGGAGUGCUUCCGGUGGAGUUCCGCUCCUUUGCCGUUGACCCUCAGAUAACCUCCCUGGAGGUUCUGCAGCACAUACUCAUCAGAGCCUUUGAUUUGAACGGGAAGCGUAAUUUUGGGAUCAGUUACCUGUCUCGAGAUCGGAGUGGUGCUGAAAUGUAUACAACUCUCACGUCUGACUUCGAUUUGGACUUUGCAUUCACCAGUGCAGCCAAACCAUAUCUACAGCUCAAGAUGGACAUAAAACCGUCAGAAGAGAGUCCUGUUAUGGAAGAGUGGGACAUCAUCAGCCCCAAAGAUGUGAUUGGCUCUGAGCAGCUGUUUGCGGACAGGACUCGAUCUCUGGCAUCUGCAGCUCUUCCCUUCACUCAGUCUCUACUGACCCAGAUGGGUCGGACCUUGACACGAGUCCAGCAGGCCUUCAGCUGGUCUUACGGGGAGGAGAUCAGGCCUUUCAAGCCUCCUCUGAGUGAUGCCGAGUUUCACAAUUACCUCAAUGGACAAGGCCAGUUGUCACGACCCGAGGAGCUCAGGCUGCGAAUCUACCACGGAGGUGUGGAGCCUUCACUGCGCAAGGUUGUUUGGCGGUACCUCCUGAAUGUCUACCCCGAUGGACUGAGUGGACAGGAGAGAAUGGACUACAUGAAGAGGAAGACAAGGGAGUACGCACAGCUGAAGAGUGAGUGGUCAGCCCGGGUCAGUCACGAGGACCUUGAAUUCAUCCGUGGCAACGUUCUCAAAGACGUCUUGAGGACGGACCGGGCUCAUCCGUACUACGCUGGCUCAGAGGACAGUCCGCAUUUGACUUCACUAACAGACCUGCUCACCACAUUUGCCAUCACACACCCACAGAUUUCCUACUGUCAAGGCAUGAGCGACAUCGCCUCCCCUAUACUCGCAGUCAUGGACAACGAGGCACACGCCUUUAUUUGCUUUUGUGGCAUUAUGAAACGUCUGGAGGGAAACUUCCGUCCAGAUGGCCAACUCAUGUCAAUUAAGUUCCAGCAUCUGAAGCUGCUGCUGCAGUACUCUGACCCGGAGUUCUACCUGUACCUGGUGUCCCGCGGAGCUGACGACCUCUUCUUCUGUUACCGCUGGCUUCUGCUGGAGCUCAAGCGAGAGUUUGCAUUUGACGAUGCUUUGAGAAUGCUUGAGGUCACCUGGAGCUCCCUGCCUCCAGAUCCUCCUGAAACUGAAGUGGAGCUAGUUGGACCACCACUGGAGACCAAUGAAACGGUGACUAGCAAAGAAGAGGAUAAGAAGGUUGAGAACAUAAUCGAAGGUGAUAAGGAACAAAAGGAGAAGCAGCGCAGGCGACACAUGCUCAGGCCUUCAAGAGAAGAACCAGAUGUGAUCAGGAAUGCUGUAUUAGAAGAAAAAGACAGGCAAAAUACAUGUGCAGGAAGGGGAAUGGAGGGCAGUUAUGGUGUUAUUACUCCAGUGAGUGUGGACAAGGCAGAUGUGCCGGUCCCAUCUUUUGAGAGGCAACCUAGUUUUGGAGAGUUCAAAUACUACACUGCUCGAAAUGAAGACAGCUUUGAUAUGGAAGAUGAGCCGUCACAUGGUUUGGCGGUGUCAAAGUCGGUACCUGAUAUUCCAAGACGCCAGUCCACAGUCGAGAGUGAAGACGACCCAGGAGAGAAAACCCCUCUCAUAAAAAACUGUCCCACUGGUUUGUCUCCCAUGUCUCCGCCUCCCCUCGUCCCUAGUGACCCGCAGUUAUGGAAUGCAGGUUGCUCUGUUUCUCCCACAUCUUCAGCUUCACCCUCGAGCUGGCCAGGAGCUUCUCCAGACUCUCCUCCAAAGUCCUCAUCCCCAUCCACGCCUAAUGGAAGAGAGGCCUUCCCAAGCACUGUUUCAAAUGCCUUGCCGUCCACUGUCCACGUUCUCAGCAGUACAGGGAUCAACUCCCCCACAACUCCCACUGUAAAACCAUCCGCCGUGUCCCCUGCCCACUCUCAGAAUCGAUCCCUACUCUCUUCACCUAUUUUGUCUUUUGGAAGAGGAUCCUCUGUUCCUGGAGGCAGAUUAUACACCAACAAUCUUCCUUCACCAGGCAACAAAUCCCCCAGCACCGCAGCGAACACACCCAGUUCUCUGAAAGCUGAGGCCACCAGCAUCAAAUCCUGCUCCCUGCCGCCGCCUCAAGAGUUCGGCAAAGGCAACCCCUUCAUGUUGUUCCUGUGCCUGUCCAUCCUGCUGGAGCACCGUGACCACAUCAUCAAAAACAACUUGGAUUACAACGAAAUAGCCAUGCACUUUGAUCGCCUCGUGCGGCGCCACAACCUCAGCAGGGUGCUGCAGCGAGCGAAGGCCUUAUUUGCGGACUACUUGCAGAGUGAGGUGUGGGACUCUGAGGAAGGGGAUGAGGUCAGCUCUGACUCUCCAACAACAGUUUCAGCGGCGCAACACUCCCCUUCCUCGCUCAUCCCCGCUCGGCCCAUUUACAGCCCGUUAGCGUCGCCUCAGUCGUCGUCUCCAAACUCGACCUAUAACCUCACAACGACCAUUCCCUCCCCAACAGCUGAAGUUUCCCUCUCGCCCACGUCCUGAUUCCAUCACACAUCCCUGGCUCAUAAGACUGAUGGAGGUGAACAUCUUUUUAACCAGCCUUCCAAAUUGAACUGGGCUGUUUAGUAAUCUUCUUAUUCUGUGUAUGCUUGAAUAUGUAUUGAUAUUCCUCAUGUCAGUAGUCAGUACUGUAUAAUUGUUUAUUUCCCUCAUAAACCCUUACGGCUGACGGGAGGGUUGUCUGUCCUUGAAUAAGGGAUGGAGGAGCUUUGUUUCUGUUCAAAUCCUCUGUGGUUGAUGUGUUACGACAGUUGGACUGUCUAAUUUUGCCACAACCAAAAAAAAAACAAACCUGGUGCAUUUAUUAGCCUAUGUUGCCCUCUUUUUUUCUUCAAAAAAAAAAGAUAUUGUUUACAAGCUCAUGUUUUGUCCAGUUCGCCACAGAAAGUGUCUUCACUCGAGCGUUCACUUUGCUUCAGUCAAGAAAACAAUGAGGGAAAAAAUCUUGAUUGAGUAGUUUCUUGUUUGUGAAGUCUUUUACAGAAACGGCUUGUCGAGCGAGUCGUGACUCGUCAGUGAGCACACGUACUGAACCUCACUGACUUAGCCUGUCACCGUUCACCUUAAAGAGUAUACAUGGGUAAAACAACCCGCUGCUGAGCUUCUGUCUGAUCGUGCAAACAUAAAACAAAUGUUUAAAAAAUGUAUUUAUUUAUGGUUUAUGUUGAGUUUCUCGCACAACAACGGUGGCUGGAUCAUUUGUGUUUACUCAAGCAUCUACUCUCCUUGGGCUAAUGCUAAUAACUACAUUCACAGUAACACACGGCAGCCAGCAGCUUGUUUUUCAGGUGACUCACAUCAGAACGUACCAGGUUGCACAACUCUGCCCCGCCCUCUCCUCCUUUAACCACUCCCACUUGUGUACAGUAACUGCUCUUCUCAAUGCUGAUUGACUUUCACUAACUCAAGUGAAAAAAGGUGAAUUCCGUAGUAGAGCUGCAACUAACGAUUAUUUUCAUAAUCGCGUAAUCUGUUAAUUAUUUUCACGAUUAAUCGUUUGGUCCAUAAAAUGUCAGAAAACGUUAAAAAACGUUGAUCAGUGUUUGUCAAACCUGGAAUUGAUGAAGUUCUACAAUGUCUUGUUUUGUCCACAAACCAAAAUUAUUUAUUUUUUAAUGAUAUCUUUGUUAUCUGAAGCAAAGAAUCAAAAAAAAAAUUCACAUUUAAGAAGCUAAAACAAUCAGAAAUCUUGUUUUAAUUGUAAAAAAAAGCUUUGACACUAAAAGCUUGAUUAAUCGAGUAAUUGUUUCAUUUUAGUUUUUUCCGUAUAUGUUUGCAGGAUUCAAGCUAUUUGUGUCGCCCUGGGGGUGACUGACAUGAAAUUUACGUUAAAUUCAGUGUGAACGCACCAUCAAAUAAGAGGGUGGUGCGAAAUUAAUUCAAAUACUGUAUGUGAGGGUUCUCAAAUGCAUAGAGUAGGGCUGCAACUAAUGGUUAUUUUCAUAAUUGAUUGAUCUGUUGGAUUAUUUUCUCGAUUACUUACUGAAAUGUUGAUAGGUGUUUACCAAACCUGGAAAUGAUGAUGUUUUUGGUCCACAAACCAAACUUUUUUUCUAGUUGAAAUGAUUUUCUUGUUACAUGAAGCAAAGAAAACAGGAAAUAUUCACAUUUUAUUGAAAAAAAACACUCGGAUUAAUCGGAUAUCAAAAUAGUUGCCGAAUAAUUUAGUAAUCCGUUGAUAAUCGUUGCAGUCCUUGUAUGGAGAGAGGGGAACGUGAAGAAAACUGGUAGAGUUCCUGGUGCUGAACACAUAUACACACAGUAUAUACACACACAUAUGACUACAGCUAACGUGUGACGUCACUGCCUGUGAAAAACAAGAGAAACAUUUUGAUGUCAUAUGGUGAAGCUGUGCGGCUGCUGUACUGUAGGGGGCAGUCUGGGUUUGAUCUUCAUGUACUGUUGAUACAGAGUGUAUUUGCUGGACUUCUACACAAUAGUAAUAGUAAAAAAGAAAAAUUAAAUACAUCAUCAAUCACUCAGAGACUUAAGUUGAGCACUUUGGUUAUUGUUGCUGUUUCCCAAAGACUUUUUUUUUGUCCUCCUUUAUUUUUUCUGUGUGAUGAAACGUUUGUAUACAAGAGAUGGUUUUAAAGGUGAAGUGUGUAGGAUUUUAAAAUGAUGUAUGUUUAAAUUUAUAAUCAACUGGUCAACGGAAAUGUAAUAAUGGUUGGGUUAAUAUCACAUCAGGAGCGGGUCGGUUGUGUUUUAGACAAAUGAGUUUUUAUGAGGUUUUAUGUCUUGUUGGCUUUUUAUUCACACUAUACUGGCAUUUUGGGUAGUCCUAAAACCCCUUUUUUUUGGGAAAACAAAGUCUCAAAACGCUACGCUUUGCGUUUCCGUGUGUACAACCAGCACGUGGUGUUGGGGGAAAUGAUGACGUCAUAAUAACCCCUGCCUCUGUUGCUCUUGCGUUAGCUGUCGCCAUCUCACUGUGUUCUUCUUGAUUUUGUACAUAGCGCACAACCUUUAUGAACACGAUCUACAUCUUUUCCGUUUUUUGGUGUCUUUCUGUGGCAGCGUCACAGCGCCACAUGCAGGCCUGACAUAUAUACUUUAUAGUCAUUUUGGAUUCAUUUGGGGUUCAUGUGUUUACGGAAAACUUUGAAAGAAGAAUGAAAAAAGAUUGCAUAGGGAAAAUCGUGUGUCCCAUGUGAAUAAGGCCUCAUACUAUACUAUUUGGUUGCAAUAUGCACCUUGACCCCUAGAUGCCACCAAAUCCUACACACUGGCAUUUUUAAUCCGCUGACACACAUGGCAUUCUUUCUUAUCUUUUUAGAUAAUAAGUGCUUUUUUGUCACCCAGUCUUUUCUGUAUGUUUUUAAUCUUUGUAGUUAACUGUUCGCUGUCGUAGUCCGAAACAUUCUUGAGUAGAUUUGGAUGUAAUGAAAUCCCACUGCAUGUGGUCAGUGACAUAAAUAUUAGACCAUAAUUACACCCUUUUGGAAAAUAAGUGCCUCAUUUGUUCGAAUCAGUAGCCUUGAUUCUUUUAUUUUAUUUUUUUUUUUUUUUUUAAGUUAAGUUUAAGUCUGCUUCAGGCCUGAAUAGCUGUUUUAAUUUCAUCAGUGAGUAGAGUUCACUACAGAACAAAGUUGAUUUAGGAUAGAAUAAAACUGCAUCUCAUCAUAUUUCACUGGCAUAUUGCGGAUUCUUAUCUUAAUGUUUUGUUGACUGUUUUUUCUCUGGAAGGCCAUUCCUGCUAGAUCAAAAUGUUGAAAUUAACAUGCACCAUUUUUAUUUAUUUUUUUGUCUAGAAAAAGGCAAAAAUCCCAAUAAAGGAGGUCAGGGUUAUUUCACAAAGCUGGAAUUAUGAAUGAGAAUCACUUUCCAUGGAGAGGAUUACUUCUCAUAAGUAGUGUUGCAUUUUUUUAAUACCUUAAAUAAGUGGAAGGUGAGAUGUCAUUUAAUUUUGCACUUGUGUUCCACAUUGUCCUGAAACUGGACUGUUUCUAAACCUGUCUUGUGAUUUUUCAUUUGUAUCAUUGAAGAUCCAUUUUGAAAAUGUUCACAGUGAGAUCUUUGGAUUGUAACAGACAAAAGUUGGAAAAUUGUUUGUCAUGGAACCAUUUUGAAUUUGAUGAAUUUGAGAAAUUGUCACGGUUCAGCCUUGUGUGCUUGCCGGCAUGGAUCUGAUUCAUGUUGAUGAUGUGUUGUGUUGUGUAUGACUGAGAGAGCCAGUCAGACACAGAUUGUUAUUGGAUCAAAUGCACCUCUGGAUUGAGUGGCUAUGCCACCAAAUCUCCAACAUCCAAAUCUCCAAAUCUGAGGAGACAUGGACACCACAACAGUGUCAGAGAGUGCAUCUCUUAAUUCUUUCUCAGCAUUGUUUACCUUUAAGACUAAUUAAUGCUUGACUUGACGCUUCUAUUCUUUCUUCUCUUGUGUCGUCUCAGUGUCCUGGAUGCAGAAGGUUGAACAGGAAAAUGUGAUGCUGUGGAUUGAUGUUUACUUUUCUGCAAAUGAGUUGCAGUUUUAAGCUGCAGUUUUUCGUUGCAUUAAUAUGACAAAACCACUUGGUUAGGUUUAGGAAAAGAUGGGUUCUACAUUAAAUACUUCAGUGUUCAGCAGAAUCUUAAGUAAUCCCAUGUCUUCUGAAAGACCCCUUGUGAUUAUUGUGCUUAUUACACUUUCACCUGGUUUUGACUCCUUUUGUAAACCAGUAUUUAAUAGCAUAUUAAACAAAAUAAUUGAAGUAACUUGACCGGCUGGACUAUGAGCUGGUAAUAUACACCUUUGUACAAAAAAAAAAGAAAAGACAAAUUUGUUUAUCUUAUUAAAUUAUAUACAUGCACAAAGUUAAACUUUUUAAUCCUACGACACACAACAGUGUUACUGAUUGUAUAUUGGACACAAAUAAAUGAUAAUCAAUGCAA